AGACAACCUAAGUCCGCUCACAUGGCAGGUCUGGCAGAACUGUCACUGUGUUUUUCUGUACUGUAACCAGGAAAUAUUUCGACCCACUUCACACAGGACGACCGUGCGUUGGCGAUCCAAUCAUUCCACUCGUCGUGAACUUUUGCUCAUCGCGACCGCGACAGCACUUUGACCGGUGUAAUGUUACCAAGGUCAAUCCGACAAUAGCAGCGGCACCAUCAUCCUCCUCGAUUGGACCAACAUUCUAAGAAUUUGUGGCAUCAAGUCUAUCUCCCGCCAUCAUGGCGUACAAUCCUUAUGGAGUACCUCCCUAUGGAGCUCCUCCGGUUUACCCAGCAUACCCGGGCGCAUCGCAUGCGCCGGGAAUGGCGCCGCCCCCGGGCUUAGGUCCCCCGCCAGGCAUGUCCUCUGCCCCUGGAAUGGCACCGGCUCCCGGUGUCCAGCCGCCCAGUACCACGCAAGCUAAUCGACCAAGCGGCCUUCCUGCGUCCUUCCAGUCUCCGCCCAACCUGCCCAACAUCAACUUCAAUGCCCCCGUGAUCCGUCUGGGGGCAAGCAUGCCGCCAUCGAAAUCCGGCUCCUCCCUCGCCGGCGAUCGAAAGGACUCGCACACCCCCACCUCGGCCCGGCCUGGGCUCGGACUAGAUCGUGGCAUGGACCAGUCCCGCGCCCAGGUGAGAGAAAGCAUGCAGGCAUUGGUGCCGCCUACGGCUGAAGACCGACUGCGAACGAUAUUCCUGCACAAGAUUCCCGACGGCGUGGGCGGCGAGGAUGGCAUCCAGCAGCUGCUCAACACGGUUGGCAGGCUGCGGCGGUGGGAUUCGGGACAGUCACAUCUGUCUGAGCACAAGGGAGCCUUGUUCGGGUUCGCACAGUACGAAAACCCCGAAUCGCUAGCUGCUGCAGUCGAGUUACUCAAAAACAUCGAGGUGCCCGUGAAGAAGCAACCUAUGACCGAGAACCCGCCCGCCGACGAAGACGACAAGUUUGAAGGCAUCGAAAAGGUGCCGCUCAAGGUCGAGGUCGAUCCGAGCACCAUUAAGUAUCUGGAGUCUUGGAAGGAAAGCAAAGGCGACGAUCCGGCGAUUGAGGCAAGAUUGGGCGAGGCAAAGCUGGCGUUGAAGCAGUUCGUUCGCAAUCUGUUCUACCCUCAUGCUCCCAGCAACCGAGAUGCGGAUGGCGACACAGCGAUGGGCAAUGGGACGAAUGGUGUGGGCGAGAACGUCGAGGUCAUUAAUAUUCCCCUCGCCCCCGAGGACGAGCUAGCAGACAUUCCCGCCGAGAUGCGGGCUACUGUGGCUGCGGAAAUCGCUGCUUUCAGAGACCGGAGCAAUCAGAGAGACCUCGAGCGCCUUCGUAAAGAAGAAGAGUUCGAGGAGAUGGAGCGUCAAAGGAACGGUGCGCCGCGCAAGUCACGGCUUGACUCCCCGCCGCCGGGGGGCUCCAACACGAUCCCACUCGGCCCUCGCGGUGUUCCCAAUGCCCCAUCGGGUCCUAGGGGUCAAAAUCGAGGUGUCGAGUUCGUCAACGGCGGGACAACGAACGGCCAGCUGUUCCGAGAUGACGACGACACGGACGCGGACGAUGAAGAGCUGUAUGAAAGUGAGCUUGCGAAGCAGCGGGCAGAAGAUGAGAAGCUCUACCUCGAAGCGGAACGCAAGUGGGUCAAUCGUGAGCGCCAGCGCGCAGCAGCCCUGGAACGAGAACGGGAGCGUGAGAAGUCCGAAACGGAUGGGUUUGCGCGGAGGCGGGAGGAGCAACUCGAGCGGGACAAGAAUUGGGACGACGACCGAGAGGCAUCACGCAAGGCCCACCUCUAUUACCGCGACCACGGCCAAUGGAUUAGGGAGCGGACGGCGUUCCGGGCGGCCGAAGCGGCACGGGACGAGAUGGAUAGGCGGGCCGAGGAGGAGGAGCGUCGCAGGGCCGAGGCCGAGAUGGAACAGGCCAGGGACAUGGCUGACUCGUUCCUGGAGCGGCAAGCUGAGGAGAUGGAGAGGCAACCGGCGGCCCCGGCCGCGCCGCAGCGCGUUACCAUCUCGUUCGGCGCUGCAGCACAGAAGGCGGCCCAGCGCACGGCUGCGGCACGGCGGACGGUGGCCGAGGUCGAGGGCCUUUUGGACGACGAAGAGCAGGACCAGACCACCAAGCGGCAGCUCGUACCCAUCAAGUUCGAGCCCAUCACCGACACCAAGGCCAUGACGGAAGAGGACAUCCAGAACGCUGUCCGGGCGCUCGCCCACGAGAUUCCCGUCGACAAGGAAGGCUUGUGGUCGUGGGAUGUCAAGUGGGACUACCUGGAGGAGUCGGUCAUUCGCGAGAAGCUGCGGCCGUUUGUCGAGAAGAAGGUGGUUGAGUACCUGGGCGUGCAGGAGCAGUUCCUGGUGGACGUGGUGGAGGAGCAUUUGCGCAAGCACGAGAAGCCGGCCGAGCUGGUCGAGACGCUCAGCGAGGCGCUGGAUGAGGAUGCCGAAGACCUGGUCAAGAAGCUGUGGCGCAUGGUCAUCUUCUUUACCGAGAGUGAGAAGCGUGGGUUGCCGGCCUGAGAUAGCCCAGCUGGUGGCGCAGGGUUGGGCGUAGACCUGCCAUGCCCGGUCUUCAAGGGCGUUUGGGUAGGGUUAGUUUCGGCUCCUGUGGUGUCAGAUCGGGGUAGUCUGGCUGGAAUAGGGGCCGUCGAAAUCUGGAACCAGCGUUUUCCUGCUCUGACUCUCUUGUUAGGUGUAGGAUUUCUAACUGGUCAUUUUUGGCACACCGAUGACGUAUGAAGCUAAUUAAUUAUCCUGCGAGUCUUAUUUGUGAUGGUCGAUGAGAGGUUAGCCAUUUCAACUUUGUCAACCAGAUACUCCGUACUUCUGUCGACCCAACCCAGACUUCAAGCGGAGCUGCAUCUGAAUCGGCUGCGGGCCGGGUCCUGACAACAACUAGCAAU